CCUGGCUAGCUGUGGGUUGUGCACACGGCACGUGGGUUCGGAGACACUCAGUCGCAGAACGAGGACAGCGAGGAGGUCGCCGAGUUUCACCUGUCCAGUAUUUGAUUAAGUCAUUUAAAAAUGGAUGAGUGGGAAGAGACGGAAAGUACUAACUCUGUUACUCUAACCAGCCACACCUCAAAUGAAGGUUCAAAUGAAAACUCGUGGAAGACUGAUGGUGGUGACUUUGGAACAGGUCGUGGAGGCAGAGGCAGACGAGGGAGAUUUACAGAUUCCUUUUCCACAGGUGGUGAUGAAAAUGGGACUGAUACUAACAGCUGGAACAACACAGGAGGAGAAAGAGGUGGUUUCAGAGGGAGAGGAAGAGGACGUGGCAGGGGGUUUGGCAGAGCAGACAGGACUGGAGAUGAUGAUGAUGAUGGAGCAUGUGAAACAGGCUUUAGAGGAGGAAGCCGGGGAGGUGGCAGAGGAGGAAGAGGUUUUAGACGAGGUGGUGAAGAUGGUGACAGAGGAGGCUUUAGAGGAGGUUACCGUGGUAAAGAUGACCAGACCUUCUCCAAAGGGAAAGAUGAUAAUGACUCGGAACAGAAGGAUGAAAGUGGUGAAGAAAAACCAAGAGUCACUUAUAUUCCACCUUCCCUCCCUGAGGACGAAGAGUCUGUUUUUGCUCACUAUGAGUCGGGCAUCAACUUCGACAAAUAUGAUGACAUACUGGUGAAUGUCAGUGGAACCAACCCACCCCAGGCUAUCAUGACCUUUGAGGAAGCAGCGCUGUGCGAGUCCCUGAACAAAAACAUCAGCAAAUCUGGGUACGUGAAGCCGACCCCGGUACAGAAGCACGGCAUCCCGAUCAUCUCUGCUGGCAGAGAUCUCAUGGCAUGUGCCCAGACAGGAUCUGGUAAAACGGCUGCAUUCCUGCUCCCGAUGCUGCAACGGCUAAUGGCAGAUGGUGUGGCAGGCAGUCGCUUUAGUGAGCUACAGGAGCCUGAAGCCAUCAUUGUGGCCCCAACCAGGGAGCUCAUCAACCAGAUCUACCUGGAGGCCAGGAAGUUUGCGUAUGGGACCUGUGUGCGUCCAGUGGUUGUUUAUGGUGGAGUCAGCACCGGACACCAAAUUCGUGACGUGUUGAGGGGAUGCAAUGUCCUGUGUGGAACACCAGGGAGACUGAUGGAUAUGAUUGGAAGAGGAAAGGUUGGGUUAAGUAAGCUGCGGUACUUGGUGCUGGAUGAGGCUGACCGCAUGUUGGACAUGGGCUUUGAACCCGAGAUGCGCCGCCUGGUGGGCUCCCCUGGAAUGCCCACCAAAGAGAACCGUCAGACUCUGAUGUUCAGUGCCACCUUCCCUGAGGACAUUCAGAGGUUGGCCGCUGAUUUCCUCAAAGUUGACUACCUGUUCUUAGCUGUGGGUGUGGUGGGUGGAGCCUGCAGUGAUGUACAGCAGACAUUUAUUGAAGUUGGAAAGUUCAACAAGAGAGAACAGCUCCUUGACAUUCUUAAGACCACUGGAAUGGACCGCACCAUCGUCUUUGUGGAAAAGAAGAGAUACGCUGAUUUUAUUGCCACGUUCCUGUGCCAGGAGAAGCUUCCAACUACCAGUAUUCACGGUGACCGAGAGCAGUAUCAGCGAGAGCAGGCCCUGGCGGACUUCAGGUCUGGCAAAUGUCCUGUCCUGGUUGCGACCUCUGUGGCUGCCCGUGGUUUGGAUAUUCCUGAUGUACAGAAUGUGGUGAACUUUGAUCUUCCUAACAACAUUGAUGAGUAUGUCCACCGUAUUGGAAGAACUGGUCGUUGUGGAAACAUUGGGAGGGCAGUGUCUUUUUAUGACCCAACGACUGAUGGCCCUUUGACUCGCUCCUUGGUUUCAAUCCUGUCAAAGGCUCAGCAGGAAGUGCCCUCGUGGUUAGAGGAGUACGCAUUCAGCAACCCCAGCACAGGAGAAGACUUCAACCCUUCCAGGAAGAAUUUUGCCUCCACAGACUCCAGGAAGGGUCAACAGACAGGGUCAUUUCAAGAAAGUGCAGUGAAUAGCCAGGUAACGGCUGCAGCUGAUGAUGAAGAAUGGGAGUAAAGGGAAUAUAACAGCAGUAGCACCACACGUUGACCUGUAUUAUUAUUCUUUUCAGUUGUCCAGGUUGUUGGACGUUUUAUCACAGCAGUUUUUCUUCUGUGGAAAAAAGAAAUGGUGCAAAUGUCAAGUGAGAUACAGAUGUUCAGCUUGUUUUACUAGAGUAGUUUUGUUACAGUGAAUAAAGACUGAAAAUGUCUAGUGAGAUGUUAAAUGGUGAAACCACAUCAUGUUACUCUUCAGUUUAUUUUACUUUUUUUUUUAGUACUUGAAUCACUUAUUGUUAAAAUGGUUAGUGUCUUGAAGACGAAGUGUGACAAAAUAAAUGUGGUCCAAGCAAA